UACGUUUAACAAUGAAGCAUCUCUUGUAGUUGUUGAAAACUAUCUCCUUAACAAACAUGUCGAACACUUUUGUCCGAUGCUUAGUAAUUAUUUUGUGCGCGAUUUACUUUGCGCGUAGUGCAACAAUCAUAGAAUACGAUAGUGAAAAUGCCCACACUAAAGUGACGACUGAAAACGUGACUGAAGACUCUUAUAUUGAAGUAGGAAUUGUAAAACAACAGCAUCAUUUAUACGUGGGAAGAUGUAGCCCAAAAGAUAUUAAAUACCACGGUGAAAACAUUAUUGUUAACAACGAUGGAAAAAGUCAUGUUGGUGCUGAUAUUUUGAUUACCAUUGACGGUCUAGUUUACAUAACUUGCGUCAAAGUUUGGGAUCAAGUCCCGGAUGGAGAAGGUGGAUAUCCUUAUUAUACUGAUGGCGGUGUUGGAAAAAACUUUAUUAGGUUCAAUGUCACAACUGGAUAUGGAAAAGGUUUCGAUUUUUACGUAGAAAUUUUCGGAAGACCGCUUGAAGUUAUUAAUAGAAAUUCCUCAAAAAGUUAACAAUACAUAAAUAAUAUACCAAAGAAUUUUUGUUUUAAUGCUUUUUAUAUAAAAAAAUCAUAAAAAAUAUUAACAAUAAAUGAAUAUAUAAAUUGAACGGCAAGUAAAUUGUGUACUAAGUCUAAAAAAAUAAAUACGUUUCGCAUUA